AGCGACGGCCCUCAGUGCGAGCUCCGGCAGUGCCAGAGCGGUAGCGCAGCGCUCCUCAGGCUCCAGCCCGCACGCCAGAACCGCGCUCUCCGCCUGCCAGCAUGAAAGCCUUCAGCCCGGUGCGGUCCGUCAGGAAAACCGGCCUCUCGGAGCACAACCUGGGCAUCUCCCGGAGCAAGACCCCCGUGGAUGACCCCAUGAGCCUGCUGUACAAUAUGAACGACUGCUACUCCAAGCUGAAGGAGCUGGUGCCCAGCAUCCCGCAGAACAAGAAAGUGAGCAAGAUGGAAAUCUUGCAGCACGUCAUCGACUACAUCCUGGACCUGCAGAUCGCCUUGGACUCGCACCCCAGCAUCGUCAGCCUGCACCACCAGAGACCUGGGCAGAACCCUUCCUCCAGAACUCCUCUGACCACGCUCAACACAGACAUCAGCAUCCUCUCGCUACAGGCGUCCGAGUUCCCCUCAGAGCUCAUGUCAAGCGACAGCAAAGCACUUUGUGGCUGAAUCAAACGGUGUUCCACUGAUGAGAUUUUUUUUUUCCUUUUGCACAAGAAAAUGUCUACAGGAUUUUUUUUCUUUUUUGAGGUGCUGAAUUUAUUUUUCAGCUGUAUCUGGAGGGGAAAAUCCACGUUCAAGUAAAAGGAACUUUUAAAAUGAAUAAAGAAGAAAAAAUCAAGAUUGAUCUUUAUCCCCACCCCAUUUUUCAACUUGGACUGAACCUAGUUAUUUAUGAAGAGACUCUUAAAUACCCUUUCCCUAGUUGGAAGGCUUCCUUUAUAUACUAUUCCCAACGUGGGGAGCGAAACAAAAAUCUCACAAGGAGUUGCCCAUUUUAAAGCAGACUUUGCCUUUUUUUCCAAAGGUGGAGCGUGAGUACCGGAAGGAUCCAGUGUUCAGUUUUUUAGGAAAGUCUGUGGUCAGAAAUUACCUUUUUGACACAAACCUAGGACUGAAUGCUGUGUAUAUAUUUAUAUAUAAAUAUAUAUAUAUGAGUGAAACCUUGUGAACUCUUUAAUUAGAGUUUUCUUGUAUAGUGGCAGAAAUACACAUUUCUGCAAAAAGUGUAAUGAUGUACUUAAUCAUGCUAAACUUUUUAUAAAAGUUUAGUUGUAAACUUAACCCUUUUUAUACAAAAUAAAUCAAGUGUGUUUAUUGAACUGAUUGCUUGCUUUAUUCUUUGGGGACCAACUGUUGGCUUUGAUUUGUGUUGUUUCUGUUGGUUUUUUUAAUACUUAUACAUUGUUAUGAAUUUAUCAAGUAAAAAUUCAAAUAUGUAGAGACUAUAAAGAAUAAAAUUACCUGAAGUGAAUAA